AUGGAUGUAGAUAGGAUGCAUUCGAACGUUCUUGAUGAAGAAGACGAUGAGUUUGUCACUCCUCGAGAGCGCUUUGAUAGCUCUGGGAAGAAGACUGCAAGACGACCACAUAACCGAAAGGACAUGAUAUGUGUUGCACGAAUUAGUGAAAACUUGCGGAAACUGCCCAGAAUUUCUGAAUCUGUUCUAGUUGCCGAUUCAGGUGGUGGUUGCGGUGGUGGAGAUAAUGGAGGUGAAGGUGGAGAUGGAGGUGAGGAAGACCGAGGUGGAGGUGAGGACGAAGGUGGAGGUGGAGGUGGAGGUGGAGGUGGGGGUGGAAUGGAAGGGGCGGUGGAGGCCGGAGGGGGGUUGGAUUUGGUGGUGAUAUAA